CCUUCCUCCAUCCCCCGCUUUUUUCCUCUCUUUCCUUUUUUUCUUUUUUUAAAAAUCUUUUCUCUUCCCCUUCUUUUUUCCACCCUUUCUUUUCUCUCUCUCUCUCUCUUUUUCUCUCCCUCUCCCCACCUCCCCGCCCUCCUGCCUUCCUGGGUUAAAGGAUUUGAGCAAUGGGUCUGGAGGUGGAGCUCGUCGGAUUAGAAGAAGCGGAUGUGAGAAGAGAUUGAGAGAGAUUUCUCUCUCUCUUCUCUGCCUCGCUCUGUCCCUCCGAUCCCGAAAACUUCUCGGAAAGAAGCAGAGGGAGGAGGAAAGAGGAGGGUGUUUUUUUCCCACGAAAAAAAGGGGGGGACUAUCCAAACCCCCUUCCUUUCCUCCACCCAGCAACAAUCCUGACUCAGACCCGCUUGGAUCUGCCCUCCCUUCCCCUCGGCUUGGGGAAAGGGGGAAAACGAGACCUCGGAGGCUGCUAAAAUCCCCCGCCACGCAAAGGACCAGCUCCGCCUGCGCCCAGCCACGCUCCCAGGGAUCAUGGGCCAAGCGAGGGAUCCAGCCUGCCACCUGCCCUACACCUCCAGGACCUAGCUGGAUUGAGACUGUCCUCGGGUGUUUUUGUGUAUCGUCGGAAUACCGUUUUCCGCUCCGGGUCCUCCGAGCACUGGAGGUGGCUUUUGUUUUUUUCUUGGCGUCUUGAGGACAAGCCGCCACUCCGCAUCAGGGUUCUGAUUUCGGAGUGGACGACCCUCCUGCCUUCUCGGACGCCUGGGUUCUAACGGAGCCGUGAAGAAAUUCCGCGGAAGGUAGAGCGGGGGAGAAGAAGAAGAAGAAAGGAUUCUUUUGAUCUCGAAAUCCACUGCUUUUACCCUCCCAAUUCUCGGGCACUUUGAUUCUCUCCAGAUACUGAAAUACAUUAUCUCUACCGCUGGCUUAAAAAAAAAAGAGGGCUCCUUUGAUCUCUUGGUUCCUCUCCGGACUCCUGGGUUCUGUCGACUUAUUGGAACGCUCCACCAUUUUAAUUAUUUAUUUUUUUGCUGUCUAUAAUCCUCUUUCCUCCCGUGGUCCCAGACUGCUGAAUUCUCGGGAUUUUCUGAAUAUUAAGAAAUUCUUGUUCUACAGACAUCCACCCGCCUCUCUCCAUCCUUUUGGACUUCUGGGUUUCCCAGUUAAGAACUUUUAAGAGGAGUUAGGUACCAAAGUCAACUCGGCACCUCCAUCGUUGUUGGGUUUUGCUGGAUUUUGAACUCCUGGAAUCGCUUGAAAUUCUCGCAUUCGGACUCUGGUUUCCCUCCCCGAGCUCCUCAGGCGAAGAUGUCUUCUUCGGCUUCAGCUCUGCCGGAGUGGAAGCUCCAGCUCCUGGAGCGCCGGCGCAAGGAGGAGGAGGAGUCCCGCCGGCGGGAACGAGAGCAGCAAGACCGCAUGGCCAAAAUGCCUGCUUGGAAGCGGGAGAUCAUCGAAAGGCGCCGGGCCAAGCAGGGCUCCGGCACCUCUUUUUCUGAGUCUGGAGGACCAGGAGGGACUGAGAGCGGCGCAGCUCCAGCUUCCAGUGCUCCGCAGCCCUGCCAGGAGGGAGAGCCAGAGAGUUCGGUGCUGCAGGAGAAGAUUGGCCCCAUCCACCAAAACCCAUUCAUCCAGCUGGAGAAGCGGCGCCACAAGGAGUCGGCCCCGUCUGAGAGCGACCUCGCCAACGCCAAAGCCAAGCAGAUCGUCGACCUCUAUGGGCAGAUCCCGGGCGUCCGCACCUUGCGUGCGGACAACGUCAUCAUCAUCGAGACAGUCCCGGGGGCACCACCAGCGCAGCUCGCCAGCAGCCGGCAAACAGGCGAAGCCAAAUCGGGGAGCGUGGAAUCCCUCAAUGAGCUGCUGGCUCGGCGCGGGGGUAGCGUGACUGAGAUCCGCGCUGGGGAGGUCUUCAUCGUCAAGUCGGCCUUGAGCCGCAGCGUGGAAGAUCUCAAUUCGGUCGGCCGAGCUGAGAGCCGGGGGUCGCUGCCCGAGCAGCACCGAGGGAGGGUCAGCAAACUGCUGAGCCACUUCAGCCAGGAGAGUGGCAGUGGUGGGUCGGCAUCUCCGCGCCCGGUGAGGUCGCUGAGUACCGAGAACCUAACGGAAAGCAGCUACGUGGCAAGGAGGCCGGCCCGUGUGGCGGCAGACCCCAGCCCGACCCGGAAGCACUUCGACAGCACCCCUAGCCCUCCGCGCGACCUUCCCGGAUUGAGUCCACCCGUGCCCUACACUGUGGCAUCUUAUCGCAGCCAGUUUGAAUUCAAAUCGAGCAGUGGCGAAGGCUGGCCAGAUAGCCCUCCCAGGCGCUCGCCGACCGGGAGGAGCUGGGGGCGGGAGGCUGCUUCACCGGAGAGAAGCCCCAGGAAGGACAGUGUAGAUUCUGAAGCCGCUUUUGAGAUCCAGCAGGCCCCCCCACCAGCUCCAGUGGCUGAGGACGAUGUUCAGGGCAAAGCCUUGGCCAACCUGCGCCUGCACUCUCGGAACUCCUUUGUGGUCAUGCCGCGCCGGGCCCCGUCCUCCCCACCCCCAGAACUUAAGCAGGAAGCCAGCUCUUCUCUGCCUGCUGUCAAGCCCCCAGCCCCCACUUCCUGCUCCUCACUUCUCCCAGACGCAGAGGAAGAGCCGCCCGAGGCUGCAGAGGCCAUGAGGCGUGGUGUGGGGAGCGGCAUCGCCAAGGAGGACGUCCGGGUGGGGGGCUUGCCCCGCGCCUCGUCCCCCCACCCGGCCGUGCAGCGGCGCAGCGGCAACACCAUCACCAUCAACCCUCGCAAGGCCCCUGCCGCACCUGUGUCCGUGGUGGAGAACGGCAUCGAGAGCGACGCUUCCCCGGCUGUGGCGCCGAUGAAGAAACGCUACCCUACAGCCGAGGAGAUCCAGGUGAUCGGAGGCUACCUGUCCCUGCAGAGGUCCUGCCUUGCCAAGAACGACCCACACCGGAAAAAGCUUAAGAUUUCGUUCAGCGAGAACCAGCUGGAGAGGACCUUCCAGUAUCCGUCAGAGGGCUCCUUGCUGGAGGAAUAUGGGCCUCCCGAUGAGUCAGAGCCUCUGACCUGCACCAACGCCCAUGGGGAUGACGAAGAGGAAGAGGAGGAGAUGCUGCUGCUUCAUCGGGGCCUCCCGGGCCUGCUGAGGACCAAACCCCUCAUUGUAGACGAGUCUUGUCGGCGGUAACCCCGUUCAGCCUCCGUCGCAGAAGACAGCGGAGUAUGCCACAUUCUGAAUCCUCCAACUGGACCUUUUAUCUCUUUCCGUCUUCCAGGGACUAUCACACCCAGGAAAGAAGCUGGGGCCACGAAAGACUGAGGGGGUGGGGAGGCGACCACUUUUUUCCUGGGGUUACAUAUGCAUUUCUUCCUUCGGAUGGAGACCACUCCGAAAAUACUCUCCCAUUUUUGAUACAUAUAUUUUUCCCUAUCUGACUGGCACUGAAAACAGGACCUCAAAAAAGGCGGGGGGGGGGGUAUUAGUUUGAGUCAUGUGAGAGACGCUGCCCAACCUAGUUGGGAGAGGGCGCUCUCAACUUUCUCUUAUCCUUGCACUGCCAGCCAACAAGGAAUCUGAUGCAGCAGCGACAGUACUUCAUUAAAAAACUGACAGCAGGGGGAAGCACUGAACCUUGUAUGCACACUUCUCUGGGGUUGCAGUUUUUCAAACAAGGGCUAAUGAUAAUGAUCAUAUCUUUCUUCCUGCUGUCACUCAAAAUACCGCUGAAAGCCUCACUGGCCAAGGGACUUUUCUGUAAUUGGGUUUGUUUGUUUGUUUGUUUGUUUGUUUUGUAAAAUAUCUGGGUAGGACUUAAUUGCUGCCAUGUGAGUGAGAUGAGAUGGGGGGUAGGUGGGGGGAGGGAAUAACUAGCUUUGAGAAGGGACCAUUAUGUUGGCACACAGCCUAUCAGUAUUUGGGGGGGGGGGUGCUUUCUACUUGCUUUUUUUUCCCCAAAGCCAUUCUGGAGGAAGGCAAUUCAAAAUACCACGUCUCUAGUUAUUCCAGCAAGAGCCAUGAGUAAUAAGGCAUGUUACUGGGCAAAUGGGGAGGGGUCCUGGGUGUUUAUUGAAGCAGGAGCGCUCAGUAUUAAGGCAUGGAAGUGGGUCAAUGGGGAAGGGCAAUCUGCAUGUGGGCAGCGCUAGUUGCUCUUUGGGGCCAUUUGCGGGGGGGUUUCUCCCUUUUUUGUUUCAGACAGGGGCAGUUCAUGUUUGGAAGCAAAGUAAAUAUGCAGGGGGGUGCAUUGGGGAUAGCCAGGCGAAAAAUGCAGCUUCCUGUUGUGGUCAUGACCAUUUCCUGUUUGGGAUUCAGCACUCACGUGGGAUUGAAUGACGGGCAAUGAAGAGGCAGAUUGAAUGAAAAUGAAGUGAUAUUUUGAUGAACAGGGGUUUGGGUUCGUUUGCUUCUCCCCCCCCCCCAAAAAAAUAUUAUUUUACAAACUGUCUUCUUGAUGAGUAUUUGCCAUUUUUUUGCCAUGUGGCAUUUUGAAGUGGAAAGAAGUAGACCCCAGAGAUUAUAAACUGAGAACAGCUUUUCAGAAAUGAUUGAAUGCAGAGCAGUUGCAGCUCAGAGUAUAGACAGCUCUCCAGUGCUGGCUUCAGGCUUUGGAGAAAGCCUCAGAUGAGAGAUUACCAGGAGUUCCCUUCAUCAACAAGAGGCCGCACAAACGGAAGCAGCACUCCACAAUCCUUUUCCCAGAUGACUGAUGCAAGCAAACCCAGGCAUUACUGUUCUGGGUCUUUCUUUGUCAAUUCAGCAGUCAUUUAAGUCAGCCGGUGACAGUAAAAACCUUGGUAAUGGUGAAGAGGAAAUCAAAGAGCAUGUUGUGCAUUUGUUCAAAGGUGUCUUAUCCAUCUUCUUAAGUGGGCCCUGCUGUUGGUCUCAGGUGAGAGCUGGCAUCGGGGAUCAGCAUCACUGCUGAGACCCAUUUCUCAGUAGCGGAGCCAUCUCCAACCGCUCAAGCCACAAAGCCAUGGUGCUUGUCCUCUUUGGUAUCACUGCCUGUUUACCUGCCCUCUCUGGAUGAGUAAUUAUGGAGAAGGUGCAGUAGCCUCUGUAUCCCUUUGGGUGGGAAUGCACCUGGGGCUAGAGUGGGGGUGGGGAAACCUGUUGGUCUGCCAGAAGUUAGCAAACUCCCAUCUCCCAUCAGCCUCAGCCAGCAGGGAUUAUGGGAGUUCUUGUCCACUAGAAUCUGGAAGGCCACAAGUUCACCAUCUCUGGGCUAGAGAUAGAGAGCAAGCUAAACGUGGCAGUGACAAGAUUACUGGUCUGCUCAGGGAAGCAGCGGCCUACCAAGGGCAUAUUGCCCAAUGCCCACUGCCGAAAAAUAAUAUACAAGUGGAGCAGCCUCAGGGCCUUGGCAAAUGCUGCACCGUGACACAACAAUGCAUAUAUAUUUUUAAUCCUCUUAGAUGAAAAUGUGUAACUAAACUGAAGCAUCCAACUUAAAUUGGGGGAGUUUUUUAAAUUCGUGAACAAGAGCCCCCCACAAUUGGAGCGAAUAAAACCUGGGAAAACUGGUCGGUUAAAUGCCUCGAGGAACAGCACAACUCAUCUGCGGGAGAGGAUGCAUACACAGAGCGGAAGAUUGGCCAACGUAUGAGAGCAGAAAGUUGUUUCUUUAGAGUGCAGGUGGUAGACUGAGCAAAACAGUAUGAAUGAGUGGAAGGAGGCAUUGAGAGAGAAUGAGGAACUUUACACUUCUAUCUCUCUCCCUUCCUUCCUUCCUUGCUAAUUUAUCUUGUUAUCUGUGCACAGUUGUUAUUAUUAUUUUCCCCUUCCCCCCUUAUUUUGCACUGCGGGAACAGCCAUGUCUGGAGCCCAUUAACAGGUGAAUGAGUGAAUGACUGAACACGGCAGAUGUUUCUUUCUCUGAUGGGGGAGAACGAGGUCUGCGCAGAUCAAUGUGUGUGGAGCAAGGGCCGAAGCAGCUGUGUCCAGCCAUUUCCAUCAGUGUUGUUGUUGGGUUUUUUUAAUUGAAAAAAAUGGUAUUGUUAUUAUUAUUAACAAUAAACCAGAAUGAUGUUGCACGUUGACCUAGUGUUCUUCUGUUGUCUCUUAGCCAUGAUAGUUAAAUGGACUCUUCAUUUACAGUAGCCAUAUUCCUCUUAAUAAUGGUGACAAAUAAGAAGACAGGCAUCACCCUUGUGGACAAACCAUGAUUGGACUAGAUGGACAUGUUGUAUUCCAGCAAAGCAAUCUGAUGCUUUUCUAUCUUUAAGGGUGUCUCUUCUGCACUCUGAUAGAGGAGGAGGGAUCUGGCUUGGCUUGUAGAAUCACAGGACAAAAAGAGUUUAUUCUCUCCCACCAUAAAAAUCAUUCUCCCACCAGCUCCCUCUGUCAAAACACACACACAGACACUGAAAUUAAUAUGUACAGAUUGUUAAUAUUCUUAUUUAUUAGACUUUUUAGUCAUGAGUUUGACCAAACUGCAGGAGGCAGUGAAAGACAGGAAUGC